AUGUCGGCCAAAUCUCUGGACCCGCUCUCCGGAGUCGCUAGCGAAAAUAGCAGAGCCCUUUUUCGUGUCGUCAUUCUCUGUCUAAUCGCCGCUGCCGCCAUCGCCAGUCGUCUCUUCUCCGUCAUUCGCUUCGAGAGUAUUAUCCAUGAAUUCGACCCGUGGUUCAACUUUCGAGCAACUAAGUACCUUGUCGCCAAUGGAUACUACCAAUUCUGGGAUUGGUUCGAUGAUCGAACCUGGCACCCUCUCGGUCGGGUUACCGGAGGCACCCUUUUCCCAGGAUUGAUGGUUACCAGUAGCGUCAUCUACCAUACUCUCCGCGCCCUCACGGUCCCCGUUGAUAUUCGAAACAUCUGUGUUCUCCUGGCCCCCGCCUUUUCCGGCAUGACAGCCGUAGCCGCGUAUCUCCUCACCAAUGAGAUGACCACGUCACCCUCGGCGGGUCUCCUGGCCGCGUUGUUCAUGGGUAUCGCUCCAGGUUACAUCUCCCGUUCCGUCGCCGGAAGCUACGAUAACGAGGCCAUUGCCAUCUUCCUCCUUGUCUUCACCUUCUACCUCUGGAUCAAGGCCUUGAAGCUGGGCUCCAUGUUCUGGGGUGCUCUUUGUGCCCUCUUCUACGGCUACAUGGUUGCCUCGUGGGGUGGAUAUGUCUUCAUCACUUGUAUGAUACCUUUCCAUGCCUUUGUCCUGACGGCCAUGGGCCGCUAUAGCUCCAGGCUAUAUGUGAGCUACACGACCUGGUACGCCCUCGGGACUCUGGCCAGCAUGCAAAUUCCGUUCGUCAACUUCAAUCCCAUUAGGACUAGCGAGCACAUGCCUGCGCUGGGUGUCUUUGGUCUGAUGCAGCUCCUCGGUUUCGUCGAAUUUGUGCGCCCGACCGUCUCGAGUCAUCAAUGGAAGACCUUCCUCUACACGCUGGUCGGCGGCAUCGUUGGUCUUGGUGUCUCCGGCCUGCUAGUAUUGACAUCUCUCGGGUACAUUGCACCUUGGAGCGGUCGGUUCUACUCGCUUUGGGAUACGGCCUAUGCAAAGAUCCACAUCCCCAUCAUUGCCUCUGUCUCCGAGCAUCAGCCCACCGCCUGGCCUGCCUUCUUCUUCGACCUUAACUUCCUCAUCUGGCUGUUCCCCGCCGGUGUGUAUCUCUGCUUCCAACAACUCGAGGACGAGCACAUCUUCAUCGUGAUCUACGCGCUGUUUUCCAGUUACUUCGCCGGUGUCAUGGUUCGCCUCAUGUUGACUCUGACUCCUGUUGUCUGCGUCUCCGCUGCUGUUGCGCUCUCUCAAAUUCUCGAUGCCUUCGUGGACAUCAGUUCCCCGGCACCCGCGGACCACAAUCCCCAAGAGGAAGGCGCAGAGGGCACCCCUAAGAAGGCUAAAUCUGGCGGCCUACGCUCGACUAGCAAGCCGUACGUCGGGAUCUUCUCGACCUUAUCCAAGCUCGGUAUUACGGCCGCCGCGAUCGUGUACCUCAUUGUCUUUGUGCUUCACUGCACUUGGGUCACCUCCAAUGCCUAUUCUUCGCCGUCCGUGGUGCUGGCCAGUCGUCUUCCGGACGGAUCACAGCACAUCAUCGAUGAUUACCGUGAGGCCUACCAGUGGCUGCGACAGAACACCAAGGAGGAUGCCAAGAUUAUGGCCUGGUGGGAUUAUGGUUACCAGAUUGGAGGGAUGGCUGACCGCCCCACCCUUGUUGACAACAAUACCUGGAACAACACCCACAUCGCCACUGUCGGCAAGGCUAUGGCCUCUCGAGAGGAGGUUAGCUAUCCCAUCAUGCGCCAGCACGAGGUAGACUACGUUCUCGUCGUCUUUGGCGGUCUCUUGGGCUACUCCGGUGACGACAUCAACAAGUUCCUCUGGAUGGUGCGAAUCGCCGAGGGCAUCUGGCCCGACGAGGUUCAGGAGCGAGCUUUCUUCACCUCUCGCGGCGAGUACAGGGUUGACGACGGAGCCACUGAUACGAUGAAGAACAGCUUGAUGUACAAGUUGUCGUAUUACAACUACAACACGCUCUUCCCUCCCGGCCAGGCCCACGACCGUGUCAGAGGCUCGCGUCUUCCUGAGAAGGGCCCCGUCCUCGACACGCUCGAAGAGGCCUUCACCAGCGAGAACUGGAUCAUCCGCAUCUACAAGGUGAAGGAUCUUGACAACCUCGGCCGUGACCACGCCACCGCCGCCGCGUUCGACAGGGGCCAGAAGAAGAAGAGAACGCCCAAGAAGCGAGGCCAGCGUGUUCUCCGAGUUGACUAA